UCGCGCUUUAAUAAAAUGUUAAGUUUAAAUGUCUGUGUAUGGACGGCAUACGUACAUGAAGAAUUAAAUGUUUUAAAAGCUGCAUUAAGAUAUCAGGUUUUAAAAACGAUACAUGAAACGCGAAAGCAACAGUGGACCUCAUUCUUUUCUCAGAAAAACUGUCAAUAGCGCGUUGCUGUGGAUACUUAGUGGUUACACACGUGAAUCAUCCUGACGUGAUGCUCGUCUCUGUAAACCACGUGACGAAGUGUUUGGCUGGUCUUGCGUCUUGUUCUCUGCAGAAAACCAAACUUCAGGACGCAUCAGCCUUGUGUUUUGUCUUAGUUAUUGUCACUAUGUGACGGUUGAUUCAUUUGUGAACCCAAACCACGUCCUGGCGUUUAUCUCGCAGCGGUCAGAUAAGCGAGUUGGACUUUGAACGAGUUGCGCAAAUACACAGCAGUGAAGCCACGGUUGGUUUGGCUGCGACUAAUUCCACGUUAUUCCUUAUUUUUAUUCAGAGAAUCAUCUGAGACAAGUUUCUAGACGCAGCGUCAUGGCGUCCACACUUGGCAGACGGCUGGUCGCGUGUCUUCUGAACGUGUCCGAGGCUCGCAGGAAGCAUCUGGUGGAGACGGUGGCCAGCGCUGCCGUGUAUCACUCUGAAGGCGUGAGAAGAGACAACACCACUGUGCUCAACAUCUUCAACGACCACGACUACAAUCGCUCCGUCAUCACCAUCGUGGCGCCGCUCGAAAACAUCAUCAUGGUCCACGCCUGUGUCUGUGCUGCAGGUGAGGCGGUUCUGUCGGCGUGUGAGAAAGCCUGCCUGUUGUUUGACAUGCGCCAGCAUGUGGGCGUCCACCCCUGCAUGGGGGCUGUUGACCUGGUCCCCUUUUAUCCACUGGGGGAGGAGGUGGGAGUCCAGGACUGUGCCGAGCAGGCCCGAGCGGUGGCUCGAGGGCUCACAGACAGGGUCCCCGGUGCCGCCGCCUUCCUCUUCGGCUGGGCGGAUCCUCUUCAGCGGGGGCUGGCGCAGAGGCGGAAGGACAUGGGCUGGUUCAAGAAGUCUGUGGAUAUUGAGAAGAUCCGAGCUGACGUUGGACCGCUGCCACAGAGGCGCUUCGGUCUGACCGGGGUCGGUGCAAGUCCUUACGUGAUGAAUUGCAACGUCACGAUCGACACGCAAGACCUGGUCGUGGGACGGGAAAUCGCCUCAGCUAUCAGGGAGUCUGCACCAGGAGGCUUGCCUGGGGUGCAGGUGCUGGCUCUGCCACACGAGGGCGCCGUGGAGAUCGCCUGUAAUGUUGAAAGCGUGAAAGGAAGCCCACCCAGCCGCUGGAGUGACCCCUGGCCGUCGUUCAGUGUAGACGGACAGUUGUACUGCCACGCCCCCGCAUCCCUCAUCGCCGGCAGAGUGGCUGAGCUCGCAGCACGGCAGGAUGUCAGCGUGAAGGGCACCGCUCUGGUGGGCUUCACCCCGCGUGAGUGCAGGACUUUGGCAGAGUUAGCACUCUCUCAAGGCAUUGCAGAGUUCUGGAGAGAGCAGCGUCGGAUCCGGAUGUAAAGGCAAAUUGGGACAGUUGGCAGUAAACAAUAAACAACAUCAGAUUUUUUUCCGUUCAUCCAUCAUUUCCCAUAGGAUUGUAGGAACACUCAGAGGUGUCCAGCGUCCCUGAUACCAGUUUGGGUCACAAGGAAAUGGGAAGGUCUACACUUGAGUGUUCUCAACCAGACGACUUGUCUCGGGGGACUUGGGGAUCCCGGACGGCCACAGCUGUUUUGGUUGGAAAUUCUGAGAUAUCCAAGACCGUGCACUGCUCUGACUACACUCCAUCUUGGCCCCGAAGGUCAGUCGAAAGGAAGUUCAUGUUCGGGUUCCUCAGUGGUAGAGUUGACAUGAGGUAUCUUGCUAUAAACUCACCUCUAAUUUUCAAGCAAAAUCUGGUGCUCUGUUGCUAAUAUCCAGUUUGUCCGACCUUGUUGAUACGGCUGCUUGCAUUGUGUGACGGGCUGGUGAGGCUUCAUGAAGCAGUGUCUUCAUUUUCAGAGCCCACUAGCUGGUGCUCUUGUCUUUAAAAUAAUUGUAUGUAAACAACUAUUCAGUGAAACCUCCCUUUUUUUUAAACUGAAGGCGCUACCUACUGAGCUCAGUGUUUCAUGAAGCGGGCUGAUGAGGCUUCAUGAAUCAGUGUCCUCAUUUUCAGAGCCCACAAGAUGGCGCUCUCUUCCCUAAAAUAAAAGGUAUUUCUGCAAAACCUCACUUUCUUUUUUUUUUUUUAACUGAGAGUGCCAUCUACUGAGUGUUUCAUGAAACCUCAUCAUUAUGAAACUCUUUCAUUCAUGAAACUCUGGUGCUCAAUGCCGUCUGUUGUGCCAACAGAGGUCUUGUUUCAGUGAAACAUCUCCACGAAAAUCAAAAUUGAUUUUAAAGCUGCUAUUUUUACAACCCUCUCACUACACCUUCCUAUCGAUUCCAUUCCACACCGACGGAUUAAACGCUUGGUAACGUGAGCAGAAAUCCACCACUGAAUCAGUCAGAAAUGAAGUGGGGCGAAAUGAUGCCACACUUUUCUGACACAAGAACAUCGCAGUAUGGAUUUGUGGGUCGGGAAUGUGACGCAAAAAAACGUACAAAACACCCCAGAGCCAAUAAAUGGAUCAUCUUAAUCCAGAGUGGGAGCUAAUCGCCCCGCUGCUCCAGUUUACAACCCUUUUGUCGGGCAAUUUUUAUUCUGCGUUAUGUAAGGAUGCCUUUUGAGGCUGUUUUCGCACGAGCGCACGCGCUUGUAUCGUCUUUGUGUGUCAUCCAGCUGAGGCUCUUAGUCACACAAGCAUGGCAGCCAUGCAGCUUUCAUCUCAUGUGUACCACUCUGUGCCUCCAUCGCUUUCUUUCACACAUUGUCCUUUCCUCUUCCUCUGCUGUCUUUCUUGCUUUUCUGCACACAUUUACUCUAUGAACACACACACACACACACAAACACACACACUCUCUCUCUCUCAGCCUGCCAGGCUUGGGAGCAUCAAGGCUUAAUCUAGGUCACAGCAUAAGCCCAGAGGUAUCCUUGCCUCCAUGCACUGGCUUGCAUGUUUAAAUUCACAGUCAUAAAAUAAUCUCGUGGGGUUUUUUUUCUCUGUAAAAACAAAAUCCGUUUUGACUAAUUUCCGUCAGCCAACAGUGAGAAGCAUCUGCUUUUCAAUCCGACGACCUCCCACCAGGAGUGCGACUAAA